AUGAACAAAAACACGAUUGACAUGGGGAACGACGAACAAGAAGAUGUGCCUCGAGGCGUCUGCAAAUCAAAUCUGGCCGAGUCAAAGAGCACGCCUGAUUGGAAGGAGGCCGGCCUGGAAAGUUGCAGCUGCGGCGGGGCGAGUGAAAUCCAGAAGAGCGCGAAAAUAGAUAAAAGCCUAAAGGGCUAUCCAAUUAAAGCUGUCACCAACACACUCGUUGCGUUUCCCCAGUCGACGGCCACACGCCGAGUCUCAGUCUAACUCGGCCAUUGCUGACCAGCCAACCGAAGUUCCGCGCUCUCGACUCUUUUUUGCCUUCCCGGCUGCUCAGAUGGCACUUCUGGAUUUGAAUUAACGAGUUUCAAGUGCUUUCUGCGAAUAGAGUUGCGUAGAAACAAUAAAAAUUGUCAUAGACAAGGAAACUUGAUAUAAAACAUUGCGUUCAGAAACAACUUGAAGGACUGUUUGAAGGCAAAUUUUAACCUCGAUAAGUUUUUUUUAUAGAUUGAAAUGCUCAUAAAUGUUCAAAUGGAUCAUCAACUCGAAAUUUUAUCUGCACUCUCAGCAUUUUUUUUACCCAGUCGAAGAUGGACAAUUUUCUCAAAGCUAUUCAAUUAAAUCCGCGCAUAUUUCUCAAUUAAGACGAAUCCAGGGUGAAUGGAAUUCGGAAAGAGCGAGGGACUCUUUGAUUUGUGCAGAGAUUCGAACAAUCUGCCCAAACUGCAAAGUUUGAACAAUUGUUGCAAUGUUUGACGAGGCCCCGGAAGGUUGGAACAGUCUUCGCUGCAAAGUUCAUGGCGCUUCCUUUUUUGGCUCGCCAAGUCCUAUUUUUCUUUUUCGUCGUCUUCCUUCUUCUAGUUCUCACUUCAGUUCCUUUCAAUUUCAAGGUAAUUUUCAUCCCAACUUUGAAAUCAGAACAGGUAAAAAAUCCUUGACCACGAAUUUGAACGGUGACCCGCCAGCGCUUCUUUCAUUAACGGUCAUGGGAAACUGAAAAAAAAGCGAACAGAAGAACCUCGGUUUUUUUUUUGAGAGGAGACAGUUUAUAAAAAUCAGAUUGUUCCAACUUUUUCUCGGAAAGCAAUUUUAAAAAGCUAUUUUCUACUUUUAGCGGUCAUCUUCAAAAAAUGAGGAAUCACGGAGUUUCCAAGAGAUGCCAAUCAGCAGACUCCCCGUGUUCAGCGACAGUUUCCGAGAAUGGCGAGAAUGUUUCUCUCAGAAGUUAAAGGACUGCAGAAAAGACCCGGAAAAGGUCUGAAACGACGAGCUCAAAGUCCUUAAACUUUAGUUCAGAUGUGGUAUUGGGUCAGAUCUGCGACGAAUCAGUGUCAGAAUAAGACGAGCUUUUCCAAUAUCGUGUUGACAGGAAUAAAGAACAAAGACGAGAUGAAGUAUCACGUUUAUGGAGAUAAAGUUCGAAGUUCUAUCAAUCAAGAAAAUUAAAAGGAUUCAGACGCCCGGAGUUGUCGUGACUCUUGGCAUCGGACUCGACGUCAAGGCGGAGACGAAGCUCAAGGAGACUCUGCCAAAAGGAACUAAGUUCUUCUCCGCUGAUCCGAUCUUCGAAGGCAAUUCUGAUCUUUACGCUCCAAUUGGGACUUAUUUCCCAUUUGCUGUUGGACACGAGAUUGCAGUUUCAACUGCGAACGUGCUGCACAAAGGUUAGGAAUCACUUGCGUUUAAAGCAAGUAAAUAUUCUUCUUACAGGAAAAUACAAACUCAUGACGAUGCCGCAUAUCGACAUCAUCACAUUCCUCACAAAAUUUGUCAAUGAAACGAAAAUUGACCAGGUUUUCUAUUUUUAGACUUUUUAUCUCAUUUUAAUUCGUUUUAUUUUUAUUUUUCUCUAGCUUCUAAUGGACAAUGAAGGAGCCGAGUACAACAUUCUGCCGAUGAUGGGCAAAGACGGCGAGUUUGACCGCCACGGAAUCGUCGUUUGUCAGAUCAACACCGAGGUUUUCUACCUUUUCUAUUCUUAUUAACUUACCCUCUGUAUAGAUUCACGACGCGGAUAAAUCAAAGAAAGAAAAGUUUCUUUCAAUAAUGAAUCAAAUAAUUGACGACGGACGGUAUGCCUUUCUCGUCUCCUACGCCACAGUUCAUCAUCGAUUCUUCAUCAUCAACGCCCAACAUCCCUAUUGCGUUCAAAAGUUUUUCAAACAAUUUUACGAGUAACUUUAAAUGUGUGCCAGGAAUAUUCAGAACUAUCCAAACAUAUCUCAUGAAUAAAUAAAUUAUUUUAAGUUAUAGAAAUUGUGCCCUUUAUGUUUAUUCAGUUUUUUUGGAGUACUUCAAAUUAAUAACAGGUUUACAUGAUUGUUCUGCAUAUCUCCAGUUUCAAACGAUUAUAUAAUUAUCUAUCAGGAAAAAAGUUUUUUUGUAAAAGCACAGCAUGUCUAGAGUCGAUGGUACGACAAAAUCUCAAGUCCGCAAAUCUCGAGGACCGUAAUCUUGUGUACGCAAAUCUAAAGUCCCAUAAUCUUGGAAACCAAAAUCUUGGACACCAAAAUCUUGGAAACCACAAUCUUGGAAAGCAAAAAUCAACGCUUUUGCGAAUAGAUUUUAUCAGAAAUUGUAUUCGGUGAUCCAAACAAGAGAAUAUAAGUAGAUAAAGUGCAAUAAAAAAAGACUAAAAAGGAAGAUUUUUUUGCUUUCCAAGAUUGUGGUUUCCAAGAUUUUUGGUCUCCAAGAUUUUUGGUUUCCAAGAUUAUGGGACUUUAGAUCUGCGUACACAAGAUUACGGUCCUCGAGAUUUGCGGACUUGAGAUUUUGUCGUACCAUCCUAGAGUCUAGACUGACCUUUUUUGCACGAAGGCCAAAGUGCGCCCUAUUGCUACAUUUAUUUUUUUAUUUUUUUAUUUUUUUAAAAUUCUUCAAUUUCACCUUUAUUCAUUUUCUCAGUUUCUGUUCCAAUCGCUAUAGCCUAUAGAAAUUUAUUAACACCGACAGGUGUAAAAAAAGCAAGCCUGAGAACAUGAAAGUUUCGAUUUUCAUCCAUGUUAGCCUUUUCCAGCUGAAAUCGGAAAAUAUGUGCGUCGGUUCCACUUUUUCGUACUUUAGAAAAGGUUUUUAGUGACAAAAAACUCUUUAAAAAUUUUCGGAAGCGUGAAAUAAAGUUUUAGCAGCUUUUUUCUUGAAGGAUCUCCGUUUUUCUUGGUAAAUUAGUGAAUUUUCGAUCAUUUUUCCGGAUUUUUGAAAAAUAUUUCGAUGUUGAACUUCUUUGCGAUUGUCGUAGAAUUAUUAAAUUAGAAGUCAAAAACUUUGCUUGGGAAAUUACGGUUGGAAAAUGGUUCGUAGCAUAGUUUUAAUGAAUUAAAGUUUUUUUUAAAGGUUUUCCAAAGAUGCUAUGAGAAAAGAAGUUGAUGCCUAUAUAGCAGCUUUUGGGAAACUUCGGAAAGAAAAAGCAGCGGUUUACCUUUUGUGCGCGUCUCCAUGGAGACAAUCACCCAAACGCUGGCUUCGUCGUCCAUUAACACGCACCCGCUUUUCACUCGUCGAAAUGUGGGCGAUCGAUGUUGCAGAGAACAUGAUCGUUUUCGAUCAACAGCUCGAGCCAUGGCUGACGAAAAGCCACAAGAAUCACAACUACGUGGAGACGGAGAAGGGGAUUCCUGCCUCUGCCUAUUAUCUUCUUGGUUCCUUCUCCACUGACGGCGACUACCACAUCGCCCACAUCACCAAGUGUCCAGUUCCGGCCAGUGCUCUUGCCGAGGUUCGUAUCAAUCUUUUUUUUCAAUAAGCUGCAUCGGUUUGUAAGAAAAAAAUCUUCACAAAGAAAAAUCAGUAAAGAUCUUUGAGAGUUUUUUUGAGAUUUUGAGAUCUUUCUUUUUUUGACAUUAUUCAACAAUAUGUUCUAAGUAAUAAAAAAAGUUCAUAAAAAAAUUAAUUUUUUUAUUUUUUUAAUUACUCAGCCUUUCUCAAUUGUUUUUCUCAUUUUUUCAAAAAAAUUCGGAAUCAGAAGAACAGAAAAAGUAAGAAAAAUCCAAACAUUUUUUUGAAAUUCCAAAUCGAAUAAUGGCCGUACAUUUUUGAUCUUACUUUCAACGAGACACAUUUGCUAUAGUUUGUGUGGGAAAAUUCUUCAAGAGAGAUUUCAGUUUAUACAUCAUCACCCGAUGUCACACUAUUUUCCAAAUGCCCUGAGAAAAGCUCAUUUGUUUCAUUUCAGGGAGCAGAUUCAAAUUCAAAAACUCUAGACGACGUUUGGAUCGCCGACAACGCCGAAAGAGUCCUUCGGAUACUUCCUGGUGGUAUCAAUGUUCUAGGUUAAUUCUAUCUUCUUCACCAUUCUGAUCUGAAUUCUUCAGGUAUCGCUUGGUUUUCGAGCAAAAGUUUCUUCACCCAACACAAAAAUGUAAUAACGCGGGCUUUGGUUCGAAUCCAACGGAUGUCGAACGCCUUGACGACCAUGAACCAGGAGUCCCUCGGCGAUACCAUGGUCCGUUUAUCUUCAUAAUUUUUCUUCCCAAAGUGAUGAUUAACUCAGAUCUCCGCCGUCUUAAAUUCAGUUUAAUGGCAUUUACAGACGUUGGAACAAAGUUAUUUAAAAAAAUUAUUAAAAAAAUUGAGGUAUCUUUCGAAUGUUCUCAAAAGUUAUUAUCUGUAACAAAGCAAAAACUUGAAAAAAAAAAGAAAUACGGCGCUGCUUUUUUCAGAGCAUAAUUGUUGAAAAUGAUCUGAUGUGUGAAAAAAAGUUUCAGCAUGAAGUUGAAAAACCGAGAAGAAUAAAUUAUUAAAUUUUUAAAUAGAAAAUUCGCCAAUUCGAUCGAGAUUUCGAAUAAGUUCUUAGAUUUGACAGAACAAUGAAAAAGCUACUUCUAACUUUGAUCUGAACAGUAUCUCAAAUUAAUGUUGUGCCUCAUUCAAAGGAACUUGAAAGGGCGAGAGUUCGUGUAAAAAUAUUUGAUUUGGGUGACAGUUAAAUGGACAUUGAUUUUCUGGCCUUUAAAAAAGACUUUUUGAGAAGUUUUGAGGGAGUUUUUCCUAACCACUAGGCUUGUAGUGGAUGCGGUCGUCAGAUGACCAAAAGUAUAUUAAAAUCUUAAUAGGUGACUGUGUUUGUCGAUAACGCCGACAUGAAGCCGUCCGGAUUCGUCAUCGACGCCGUAGGAAAGAAUCCUGACGUCUCCACAAAAGUCGCUUUCCAAAAGGUCCCGCGAAACCCUCAUUUCCCUUCAAUAAGAUAGUUUCCAGCUGGAAUGGGUCUCGUUGGUGUCGAACGCCUCGGCGAGAAUAGUUUUCAACGUGCCGCCACGGAAAGAAAACAGAAGCGAUUUUUACAACGAUUUCGUCGCCGCCAGCAAAACUUUCACCACGAAUCUGUUCACUUGCCAAUAUGUGAGAUAUCUGAAAGCGGAGAUUUCAAGGAAAUAUUCUUUUAGGUGAUACUGGACGGCGUGCUCCGCGAAGACAGCGAGCCCCUUUUCAAAGACAUCAAAAAGCGGAAAAAGAAUGCAGUCGAGGCUCAAAUCUUCUUGGAUCCUCUUUGUAUUGAUUUUUGGAGGCGCUUGAAUGAUUGGAACAUUUACAGACAACCGUCAGAAUGAACAAGAAGAACAGCGAGCCACCAACCUCCACGAAAUCCUUUUCGACAUUGAGGUUAGCCUUCGCAUUAAUAAUUAAAGAGCUACUCUCUUGGAUUUUUUUUUGGUGUUGUUGAAAUUCGUCAGAAAAUAAAAGAUCUUUGUACGAAAAAGUCCAGAGAUUAUUUUGUAACUCUAUUUUUCCUUUUAAACUAUUUUCCUUCUCUGAAAUUGACGCGGUUUUUGUUUCGAGAAAACAAAUUAUAUAGUCAUUUUUCAUUAAAAAAAGGUUUUUUGUAGGUUUUAUAUUUUUUUCUAAAUAAAAUCAAAGUUUUGAUACUCGAAAAAAAUCGAACGAGGCAACUUGCUCAGUAAGAAAAAAAAGUCAGUUUGAAAAAAAGAGUUAUUUUCUAUAAUCAAAAAAAUUAAAAAAAUUCCUAGACUUAUCGGGUUUCUAAAGUUUGCGCAGGCGUUCAACCUAUAUUCAUAGAAUAAAUGAGGAUUUUUUCGAGUUGUUGGUUAUUUUCAGAUCAGAGCGUCGGUUCCCGUCCGAGCAACUGUACGAGAAGCGAAGAAGGCGAUGAAACAUCACCUCAUCAGAAAUCUCUGUUCUCGAGCAGGUUUCACCUCACGAAAAAUCUUUGAUUCAUCGGUUUCCCUGCAGAACUGCAGUACGAAUCGAUGGAAAUCGUGGAGGAAUGUCCGACGCCUUGUGUAGUUCACCAGCUGCCGCGGCCGGCGACAACCGUUUUGCCGACCCAAUCGGCGAUCCUUCUCUCCGAUUUCCUCUUCGAGGCCGACACCAUCGAGGACGCCCAGAAGAACUUCGAGGACAUGAUGGACAUUCAAACGAGCAUAGGUUCGUAGAGCAAGAUGCUAGCUAAGGAAAAGCUUCGAAUAGUACUAUAAAAAAAGCUGAAGUAAUGGGUAUAAUGGAAAUUUAUUUUUAAAAUCCUUGAGAUAAUAUUUAAAAAAAUUCAUAAUUUUCGAAAAGAAAAAACCUCUUCUUACCUCUUCAAUGAGGAAAAAUAAAAAUUUUCCAAAAUAAUUAACUGAGACAGUUUUUGCACGUUGAUCAGUUCACUAACGAAUGUCCAUGAAUGAAAGGGAUUUCCAGAACACGUUGACGAAGGCUGGGAACGGGCCUUGACCGAAGAAGAAAUGGCCUCGAUCAGGACACCACUGGACGUCAGCAUCGCCGAAUACGAAAUCGGCGAAUCCUACUGCAACCUUCGGAACACCCUCAUCAUCGCCGCCAUCGCCGUCGCCCUAUUGUCAUUCAUCAUAUACGUUAUAGUCGCAAACACCUAA